GUCACGAGGGUAUAUGAUUGAAUAGCAAGAUGAUUUUGUUGAAGUGGUGAGAAUGGAAGGAAGGAGGCGUGGAGGUUGGUGUGGUCGACGCAUAGUAGCAAGCAAAAGAGGAAGUGGCAAUGGCAAUGUCAACGGCAAUGGAAUCAACAACAACAACAACAGUAUCAUCAAGAAGCUUCAAUGCCGUGAGAUUUGUUCCAAACCCCAUCGUGCUUUCGCCUCUGCCACUGCCCCUCACAGGUUCCGCACCAUGCGUUUGACCCAUCAAUAUGACACUCAUGAUUCCAAGGCUCGCUCUUCCCUUUUGCCCUUUUUGAUGAAAAGAACCAAAGUUGUUGAAAUCGUUGCUGCCAAAAACCUCGUCUUUUCUCUUUACCAUUCUGGUUUGUGUGCGGCUUUUAGUAGAGAAACCAAUGAGAGGAUUUGCUUUUUGAAUGUCUGCCCCGAUGAAGUUAUCCGCAGCCUCUUCUACAACAAGAACAAUGAAUCACUUAUUACAGUAUCCGUUUAUGCUUCUGAGAACUUCAGCUCUUUGAAAUGCAGAUCCACAAAGAUUGAAUACAUACGGCGGGGCAAGCCAGAUGCUGGAUUUCCCCUUUUUCAGUCUGAAUCUUUGAAAUGGCCUGGAUUUGUAGAGUUUGAUGAUGUCAAUGGAAAGGUCCUAACUUACUCUGCACAAGAUAGUAUCUACAAGGUCUUUGAUCUUAAAAACUACACAAUGCUAUACUCGAUUUCAGAUAGGCAUGUUCAAGAAAUCAAGAUCAGCCCUGGCAUCAUGUUAUUAAUUUUCAAUAGAACCAGUGGUCAUAUUCCCCUUAAGAUUUUAUCCAUUGAAGAUGGCUCAGUUCUCAAAACAUUCAACCAUUUACUUCAUCGGAAUAAGAAGGUGGACUUCAUUGAGCAAUUUAAUGAAAAGCUCUUAGUCAAGCAGGAGAAUGAGAACCUUCAGAUUCUUGAUGUUCGAAAUGCCGAGCUGAUGGAGGUGAGCAGAACCGAGUUCAUGACUCCAUCAGCAUUUAUCUUUCUGUAUGAGAAUCAGUUGUUCCUUACAUUCAGAAAUCGAACAGUUGCUGUUUGGAACUUUCGUGGGGAGCUUGUUACUUCAUUUGAGGAUCACCAGUUAUGGCAUCCUGAUUGCAAUACAAAUAACAUAUACAUAACAAGUGAUCAGGAUCUUAUCAUCUCUUACUGCAAGGCUGAUUCUGAUGAUCAAUGGAUGGAAGGCAAUGCUGGCUCCAUUAAUGUCAGCAAUAUCUUGACUGGGAAAUGUAUGGCUAAAAUUAACGCAACAAAUAGCAGCACCAAGGCAGACAAGUGCAGUGGUCGUGGUUGCAGCUGCAAGCAAAGUCAUUCAUCCCACAUGAGUACAGUCGCGGAGGCUUUGGAGGACAUAACUGCCCUCUUUUAUGAUGAAGAUAGAAAUGAGAUAUAUACUGGUAACAGACAUGGUUUUGUUCAUGUAUGGUCUAACUGAUGGCAAAAAUGUCUGUUUCUUCCGUUCCAUUGGCCAAGAAACCGUGUUUGGAUUUGUGCUUUUGCUGUUGGGAUUAUUUCAGCAUUGGAUGUUUCCAAAAUCUGGAUUGCCUCAGGAUUGUAACAUUAGUUGAUAUGAAACUAUGAUCUAGCACUCUGCAGUUGUGUAUUUCAUAGUUUAUGCAGAGAUAACCUGUUGGUGAGUUAACCAGGAGUUCAAGAAAAAUUGAUAUGUAUGCUUUUUGUUAGUUUGAGUUUUAGGUCUUUUUAGAGGUUUGGCCUUAAUAGUUGUGUAUAGUGCAGUCAUUACUGAUGAUUUUGAGGCAGAUGAAACAUAGUGCUUGUAUUAUUAGUUUAUCCUUAAUUCCUAGGGGACAAUGUGGGAUGGAGCCAAAAAGGGCACUGUGUGGGAUUUUAUACCUUAUGUGUAUCAUUGGUGUAAAUCUCACUAUAAAUCUGCUAUUCUAGUUUUUUGUCCCUUUUUUUUUUAAGAAUUGAGUAUGAAUAUAGCCCUAUGAGUUGUAGAUAUGAUCUUGUGUAUUUGUGUGGUAGUGUUCAUUGUUACGCUGCUACUUUUUUCUUUUUAAUAUUUUUCUUGAAACUGAGAAAAUUAAAAAACUGAAGCAUGUGAGGUUUUGAACAUGGGAAGUUUCU